CAACAAAACGUGCAGAUCGAAUAUUUAGAAAAUCUGACAAUAAUAAACUAAAACAACGUAUAGCAAAACUUUGUCAAAAUAAAAACUUUAACAAGGUCAAUAAUACAAUUCAAAAGACAAAAAGACAGCAAAAAAAAAUCACUACUCGUCUUAUAAAAGACUGUCAAGCAGAAAAGGCAAAUCUUCCAUUGCAUGUUUUAGAAAUGGAUGAAUCUUUCAUAAAUGCGAUCAAUGGACAUGUGAUGUGGCCACAGAUAGUUGAUCAAGAAAUAUCAAAAAAUGCCCUAAUUCAAUUCAUUGAUGAAACCAACUUUAAUAGAUUGCGUAAGAAACCAUAUGCUAUUUGCUCAAUUCUUUAUAAUAUUGAAAAAUACAAAGAAGUUCCAGUAAAUAAAAUCAACCUUUCCUUAUUAAAAGCCCUAGCUAAUCUUACAGACUCAUUAUUUAAAAUCAACUUCAAUUAUGACCAUCCUAAUAUAGAUGUCUAUAAAAUACCUGUUCUUCUUAAUCGAACUGGAUUCAUAUACCUAUCUGAUUCUCGUAAUAUUAAUUGUUUUAUGACUAAAAAUGUAUCUUUUGAGCUACAAAUCUGUAAUACUUGUUAUACAUAUUUACAGAAAAACAAAACCCUACCUUUGUCUCUAGCUAACAAUAUAUGGAUCAGGCCAACUCUGUUAUGUCUUCAAGACUUAACUAUACCUAAGCAACUUCUUAUCUCACCUGGUUACUUGUACAUAAAUCUUAUACAAUUAAUAAACAAAAAACAUAUCUAUCAUAAACUCAAAGGUUAUAUUAUAACACUACCUCAAAACCCAGGAUCGUUAGUAAAUGUAUUACCUCUACCUAUGUAUCGACUAUAUGAUUAUCUGAAAGUCGUAUUCAUUGGGAAAGGAAACCCUCCUAAAAAUUUGCUUAAAAAAAUACUUCAAGUUAGAAAAAGUAAAAUUUCUAUAGCACUUAAAUGGCUUUUUAGACAUAACAUCCUAUUCAAAAACUAUAAAUUUGACAACAAUGCUUUAAACCUUUUACCAGAAGGUGAGAUUCCCGAAUCAUUAACUUUGACUACCACAGUCAUAAAUCUUGAUUUUCAAACUAUAGAACAUCACACUGGAUACAUUCAAGAUCCAUUAGAUCAAUACAAUAAAUCAACUAGUGAUACAGAUAAUGAUAAUAGUAAUCCUGAUAAAAAUACCAAAUUACUUUAUCCCAAUAUCAAUAACUCUAUUGGUAGUGCUUGUGAACUUAGACCCUCAGGCAUAGUUUAUGUUAAUAAUGUACCAAUUUCUGGAAGAGAACUUAUUUUACUUUUCUUUCAAAAAUUAAUAAAUAAUACAAAUCAGCAAAAAUAUAAUGCAUUUUCUAGCUCCUCAAAUAAAAAAAACACAAAAGAUAAUUCUUUACAACCCCAUAUAAUUCUCAUGCCCCAUGAUAAUAAAUCACUAAAUGAAUAUGAAGAUGAUUUCCUCUUUCCUGCAGGUUUUCCAGUUUUCUAUCCCUAUGGCAUUGAAGGUCAUAAAGGUCGCUUGUUACAUGUAUCCUUAAAACAAUAUGCCAAUCAUCUCAUGCAUCAUAUAUCAUCAGAGACAUAUAAUUUAACAAAGAGUUAUAAUUUUGAACGUUCAGCCAACUUAAUUGCUACACUCAAUGCCAAUGAUAUUUCAAUUGCUAUCAACCAAAAACAAAAUAGACAGCUUGUCACUAAUCCAGCAAUUCUUGAGCUUCUCAAAAAUAUUAAUUCCACUGGUUCCAAAUUAAUGGCAUCACCCCAGUCACAUUCCCAUAUGCAUAGUGAGAUACAAGCUAUCAUUAUUCGAGAUAGAACACCUUCUUUUUUCAUUACAAUUAAUCCUGCUGAUUUACACAGUCCUAUCACUAUGUUGUAUGCUGGCAAUGAAAUAGACCUUGAAAAUCUUCUACCUGAUAAUUUCCCAAAAUCUACAGAGAGAGCUCAACUAGCACACCUUGAUUUCUCUGCGGUUGCCAAAUAUUUUGAUACAACUAUCCAAUGCAUAAUUAAUUCAAUAAUUGGCUAUAAUAAUAAAAAUUGUGGCAUAUUUGGGAGAGUAAAAAAUUACUAUGGUGUUGUUGAGUACCAAGACUGUAGUACUCCACAUUGUCAUAUGCUUAUCUGGCUUUAUGGUGUACCCGACACUAUCAUGCUACAAGAAAGACUCAAAAAUGAUAAAGAUUUUUGUCAAUGCCUACUACAAUAUAUUAGUGAUAUUGUUCGAAAAGAUCUAAGAUAUCUUCUGAGUAAUGGUCAAAUAUUAACUAAUGAAAUGCUUAAGACUGAAUACAUGAGACCAAAAUCAAUUUUAGAAAAAUAA